UUUCGAACGGACGUUUGGAGUAGACUUUUUCUUUUUUCUUUAUUUUUGUGUUCAGUGCAAAGGUUUCGAGGGAAAAGGUUUAGUGUUGUGAUUUUUCUUUAAUGAGCUGGAUUGUCGACCCCGCAUUGAAAAGUACAGCGUUGAUAAACCCACUGCUAUCGAAAUCCAGGAUUCAAGCGACAUAAAUCCGUGGCGUUUGGAAAUCUCUACAAAAUAGAUGGCGUAGCAAUGCAGUGUAUUGUUUUCAGAUGAAUUUAAAAAAUAGGUUUAGAAAUAUAAUAAAAUUGAUAAAUUAAUCUGUGCAAAAAAACAAUAAAACCAAUAACUUAUUCUUAGAUAUAAGAAAGCGUGUAAAACAUGCAAUAAACAUUAUUAUGUGCAAGUAAAGUAGUAAAGAAUUAGGAUUCAAAAUGGCCGACAAUGAAGGACCUGUGACCGUCACCGAUUUGCCGAUGACUUUUCAAGUGAAAUAUCUAGGACAAAGCGACGCGCGAGGGCUAUGGGGUAUCAAGCAUACACGGAAACCAGUGGAUCUUAUGGUGGCAGCAGCUAAAGCACUACCUCCAGGUCAAAUUCUUCCCAUAGUAAAACUAACCAUUACGGUAGACGGAGUACACCUGGAAACUCACAACCAUGGGCCCCAUAAGGAUGAGUUUGAACACAUGGCUGUGUUUUUCAACAUCCAGUCAAUUUCGUACGGGGUCCAGGACCUGGUGUACACGAGGGUCUUCUCCAUGAUCAUUGUUAAGGAUAACGCUGAUGUUAAAGGAUUGAAUCCCUUCGAAUGUCACGCAUUUGUUUGCGAAUCCAGAAAUGCUGCAAGACGCCUCACUUACUCUUUGGCGGCCGCCUUCCAAGACUACUCGAGAAGGGUGAAGGAAAUGCAAGCGAAUCCAGAAUUGGAUGAAAGACCACCAAGCCUAAAGAAAAGAUUCGCCAUCGACCUCAGGACACCGGAGGAAAUAGAGGCGGAGUUAGAAACUGAAGCAUAGCGAACAAGUGAAACAAAAUAUAAGAAGCUCCUAUAAAUAUAAUAAGAAAAAGUAACCGUAUAAAAAAGGGCUAAAGGAAGUAGAAAACUGCAUCUCAGUAGAACUGAUUCCGAACUCUGUUAAACCUGGAAAAACAGCCAAAUACCGCAAAGGACGCGGCCAAUGGUUCAAAUCGUUUAAACCUAGGCCGACUAGAUUGCGUCCAGUGUGCGACGCAAUCUUUAACGUUCUGGUCUAACCGGCGUGGUUGCCGGUGUAAUUAUAAGGACAUUAGGUUGAUAAUUUUCCAUUCAAUUAUGACUAUAAUAAUGGGACAUGUCUCUUAAUUUUGAAGACGAAGCCUUACUGUAGCAGCUACAAAAGAAGAAAAACAAGAUAUUCACGUUUUUAAUAGCAGUUUAACCCGCGAGUUGAAAACCCAAGUGCCGAUGGCGCGGGACCCCGCUUUAGUUUUUCGUCAAUUCGCGUCCAACAAUUUAGUUGAAACAAUCGGCGUGAGCGAUUACCGUCCCGCGUUCCGCACGGGAUUUGCUUCAGUUUGAAUAGAGCUUAAGGUUUCACUUACAAGGAAGAUAUACUUUGACAACAGUUGCCCUUAAAUCCUAUUGAAAGCGUUAACAAAGAUGAAAUUUUUAUAAGAUAUAAAAGUGUUCUUUUUUGUAUUACCAUUUGAUAAUAGAUUGUUAUAAUAUACCUCAGUGUUAUAACCACAGGAUAUGACUGAAAUUUUACAAAUGUUACAGACUUUGAUAUAAUGCAUAUUAUUUAUAAAUUAAAAAAAUAAAAUCAUUUUUUCGAAACAGUCAUUUUUUCGGGACAAAAUACUUUUGAAUCAGCUACCGUGUACCGUGAUAGCCAAAUCAUCAAUUAUGAAGGUAGAUUUGGAAAAAUCAUGGGAGUCCCAAAAAUGACUCUACUAUUGAUAAAGUCCAACAUAAUAAUAUCUUGGAAAUGUAUACAUAAUAUAAUGGAAGUUUAGCUCUUUUUCCUAAUAAAUAUAUUUUGAAAUGUGUAAAUGUGUAUCUGACAUUUCAAAAAUAGUGCAAUGUUUAACUCCAAUGAUUCCAUUCGAUUCGAUUCGAUUCCAUUCCAUUGUAUUUUAUAAUUAAGUAUUUUUGUACAUUGAAGGUCAUUUGGAAAUGACUAUUAGGAUGCCUUAAAAUAAAUGUUUAUCACUACUUAACGGUAAUGAUCUGUGUCAUGUUUCGAUAUUAACACGACCUUAAAUGUAAACGCAGCGUAUCUUAUGCUUGUAACCGCUCAAUUUUUCAUGAUAACUUUGUACAGAUUGCUUUGUUGUUAAAAAAAGGAAGCGAUAAGAAAAUACCCUAUCGGCAUGGUACACUUUCCACCUUAACUGUAAACAUAGCCGAUGGUGUGGUUGUCAAUCGUAAUUUAUUAUGCAAACAUUGUAGUUUGCAUAAAAAGUACCCCAUCAGUAUAGUACUCCUUUACCAAUCUUUGUAUUUUUUAGACGCUAUGUAGUAUUACACUUUAGAAAAUAAGGUUUUGUAUCCCUAAGUUAACACUGUUGAUAGUUAUCGGUACAAAACAAUAUACAAUGCUUUGUUUGUAUUCGCCAUGUUUUAAAAAGAGAUGUCUCUUUUUAUAUGCUUUUUAAGCGGCUAGGUUUUAAUAUUGGCAUAGCGCAGUCUACCCUAAAUAUUUUUCAUACUCCCAUUUUAUCCCAUAGGGAUAAAUUUACCUACGUUUAGUCCAUUCUUUUAACUACCUGGUCCAGACAACCACAUUGCAUAUACGAUUUCAAUGGUAGGUGUAAUCAAAAAUGGGACCAGUGUUUUUUGUGAUUUAUGGAAGUGUUACAAACCAAAACUUACAAUAAUUAGGUUAAGGUUAGUAGUUAGUAUAGUUCACUUGAAUUUAAAUCUUUUUAAAAUAUACCGAUAUUAAUAGCAUCAUUCCCUUGCUCCUUUUUUACCUGACCGGUAGUGAAAACAUUAUUGUCAUAACUGUUUACUAUAAAAUGUGCAAAAUAAAAUAAAAAGAGAUUUUCUGUAUGCAUA